CAUUUUCCUCUUCAUCUUCUAGUCUUUUAUAACUUGCCUUUUAAGUACUCCUUUCCCUUUCAUUUUCUUUUCUCUUUCAUCUUCCCUUUAACACCAACUUUCUCUCUCUUAUUUCUCCCUCUUAUUUCUCUCUCUAAAACCUCCACAUCCAUACCUUGAGCAUGCCUGAAUGUCCAGAGAAAGGGAGAGAUUUGAUGAGAUAGGCAAGAAGAUCAAGAGAGAUCAAAACGAUGCGUUUUCCAAAACAGGAGGAGGAGGAAGAAGGCAUAUUCAGUUGGGCCCACCAGGAACCCUAAAUACUAUUACACCUUGUGCUGCUUGUAAGCUCUUAAGAAGAAGAUGUGCUCAAGAAUGUCCCUUUUCUCCAUACUUCUCUCCUCAUGAGCCUCAGAAAUUUGCUUCUGUUCAUAAAGUUUUUGGUGCUAGCAAUGUUUCUAAGAUGCUCAUGGAAGUACCAGAAAAUCAAAGAGCAGAUGCAGCAAACAGCUUGGUAUAUGAAGCAAAUGUGAGGCUAAGAGAUCCAAUUUAUGGAUGCAUGGGUGCAAUUUCAGCAUUACAACAACAAAUUCAAGUUUUACAAGCUGAACUCAAUGCAUUAAGGGCUGAGAUACUUAAGUACAAAUUUAAUGAGGCUAAUAAUCAUGUUUCAAACAUCAUUACUACUAAUAAUACUACUACUAAUCCAUCAUCAUCUUCUCAUAAUGAUCUUACUUUCUUUUCCUCCGCCACCUCGGUUUCCAUCGCCGCCCAACCUCCACCACCUUCGCCGCCUCCUCCACCACCGCUUCCGCCGCCUCUUCAUGAUCUUGAUCAUACUAGUAUUAAUCCUACAAUCUCUUCUUCAAUGUAUACACCAACACAACCUUCCUCUUCUAGAAAUGAUCAUGAUGAUCAUAAUCAUGAUCAUUAUAGCUCUAUUUCUAAUGAGAACAUCUCCUACUUUGUUUAAGCAUAACCAAAUUAUAACCCCAUUAUUAAUUGUUCUUGACUAUCAUUAAUCAACAAUGUAAUAAGAAAUGGAUUACAAUAAUCCAUAUUAUUAUAGUUUUUGAAUUUAUGUGUUUUGAUUAAUUGGUGUUUAAUUAAUUAAUUUGCCUUUGUUGAGGUGAAGUAGUGAUGUACAAAACUCUUUUGGUAAAUUAUUCUUCUACAUAGAUUUUUAUGGUUGAGGAAUAAUUAUUUCUUUGCAUAUGUUG